GAGUGUGGGGCAAAAAAGAGAGACACUUCCCAGCACGUCUGGUGGACAUCUCAUUCCGGGAGAAGCAAGAUGCCGAGCGGGUUCUGGCUGGCAGCGUGUGCCCUGGCCCUGAUCCUCCAGGUUGCAUCCCCACAGGAGAAUGUAUGCCAGGCGCCCAAAGGCGAGGACGGCUACCCAGGGACUCCGGGCCGGGCCGGGCGGCCGGGCCAGAAAGGAGAUGUCGGUGAACCAGGUACGGCUGGAAAGAGCACAGGCAAAAAGGGAGCCAAGGGCGAGCCCGGGCAGCCGGGCUCACCAGGCAUGCCUGGGAACCAGGGCUUCAGGGGCUCCGAUGGCCCCCCGGGCCCCCCUGGCUUGCCCGGAGAGAAAGGCGCCAAGGGGCAGGUGGGCAACGUCAUGAGGCAGCCCCGAGCAGCCUUCUCAGCGACUCGGAAGAACCCCAACCCGACUCCAAACCCGAACGCUGUGGUCUUCAACAACAUCAUAACCAACCAGGACAACGGCUACAGCUCCCUGACGGGCGAGUUCACCUGCAAGGACCAGGGGUACUACUACUUUGCUUUCCAGGUAAUCUCCCAGGGCAACCUUUGCCUCCGCCUGAUGCACAAAGGCGGCGUGGUGGCCACCUUCUGUGAAACCAACCGGCUUGGCCUGUACCAGGUCAACUCCGGCGGCAGCGUCCUCAGGCUGCUCCCGGGCGACCGUGUCUGGCUGGAGAGCGACGCCGGGUCCAGGAACAACAUCUACAGUGGCGACGACACCGACAGCAUCUUCAGCGGCUUCCUGCUGUUCCCGGCAGGGCGCUGAGGAGCCAGAGGCAGCCCUGCUCCUCCCUCGGCCACCCUCCUCUAAAUCCGCCCUCUGCACAAGGAGCCCUUUGCUGGAGAGGCAGCAUGCGCCCUUCCUUCCGCCCUGGACCUCCGGCGCGUGCACACCCCAUGUAGCUCCCGAGAGGCACCAAUAAAUGUUCUGCGUUUGGAAACGG